AUGCUCAACCGUCCCCCCGCCUUAGCGACUUCCGCGGGGGGAGCUUCCGCCAGCGCAGCCCAUCGGCGGAAGCGGUCCAUAAACAGAAAGGGCACCGGAACGCUGUCUCUUCCCCUCCUCUCCCCUUCCGCCGCGUCGUUCGGCGCUCUCCCCGGCGCGGCUUCCCCCGCGGGCGGCGCAGCGGCUUUCGCUCAAGGCUCGCCGAUGGCGGGAGGAGGAUCGGGUAACCCGAUGACCCCCAUGUCGCCCAUGUUCUACUCGUCGCUGCUGCCGCCUGCGUCUCCGUCCGUGCUGCACCUGGCGCUGCAGAUCGACCUGCCGCGAGACCACGUGGAUGCCUUGAAGGCCGUGCUCCAGGUCAUCGGCAACUUUGCCAACGCGGGCGAGCUCCACCAGACGGCCGUGUGGGAUCGCUGCUUUCCCGGCACCUUCUCCCGCCUCGCCACUGUGCGCUCACCCACGGUGCAGCGGCCGCUCUGCAUGGUGCUCUUCACGUGCUGCCGCGCCGUGCCCAAGCACGUCGACGGGCUCGGGGGAUCGAUGGACGGCGUCGCGCUGCUGGCGGGCGCGCUCAGGGCGCAGGGGGAGGCGCUCGUUGCGCGCGCGGAGGGGCGGGAUGGCGACAGCGGCGGGGAUGUUUUCUCAGUUCUCUCUCCCGUUAUUUCUCAACCCUUGCCUCUGCUCGCCCCUGUUGGUUAUGCACACCCGUCUUCUCCUGUUCCUGCUUGUACAAAUCCUUUGUCCGACUUGCGUACUCAUUACCUCCCUCGUUUCUUUCUUCCCGUCCUUGUCACUGCUCGCGCCUCUUGCUCAGCUCUCCCGGGCGCUGCUUCCAACGGAAUGGACGAGUGGCUGGGUCUGCUAGUCGAGAGGCUCUGCCUGCGCGCGCGGUACUUCGAGCCGGUCUUCAAGAACCUUCCCAACUUCUCGCCGCGCCCUGCCCUCGGGCAGGUCCGAGGGCUUUUCUGCCCGGAACAAGCGGCCCUGCUGUGGGUCCUAUGGGGCGCUCUACACGCCACUGCAAAAGCACGGGGGAUCCCAGGCAUCGACCUGCCUUCUGCUUCUAACGAGGAUGAUGGGAACUCGAGGGGCGAUGAGACAUCAAGCGAUGAGACGUCAAAGAAGGCUGCAGCACCUGGGUCGAGGUGGCAGGUGCAUGGCUUUCCUGACAUUGGACCAGGGACUCUCAAGUUCCUCCUCACAGCAUGCAGAAAUGCUGCGGCGGGUUUGGGCAAGGCUCGGGAGGAGGCAGGCAGCAAGGGGCUGUCACACGGGUCGGCACCUACCUCUUCUUCCUCCUCCACCUCUACGUCCUUCACGUGUUUGCAACUGGUGCUCUGCUUCUCCCUCCGCUGCCUCCGCGUUCUCGCUGCCCAAGAGCCCUCCACCACCUCCCAUCCAGCUCCCACUGCUCAGGACUCCUCAUCCACGUCCCGACCCAAUGCUGCUGAUGCCACAUCUGGAGCUGCCUCAGCAGCAGCAGGACAGACCACGGAUUCGAAAUCAACGGCUGAGGAUGCGUUUGUUGCGAUCGGAGGGUCCGAGAUCAUCCCGCUGCUGCUGGAUCUCCUCCAGGGGCUGAGUGUGAGUGUGCCUGGAGGUCCAAGCGGUCAGGGCAAGGAGGAAGCAUAUCCAGAAUAUCGAUCUGAUUUGAUAUCGGUGCUUGCAAACGCAUGUCACCGCCGGCCCGUGUAUCAAGAUGCCGUCAGAAUGUAUAAAUGUACAGGGGGGGUAACAGAUGGGGAUGUAUCUGGCCUUGUGCUGGUUCUGCGACAGAUCACGGCAGAGUCUGGUGGGGUCAGUGACGGUACUAAGGAAUGGGUGGGGUAUGCUGUGAGGUGUGUGGUGGAAGGGAAUGAGAGCAACAGGAGAGAGCUCUCAGCAGCAGAGCAAUCAGGGACAGUUUCUACAGAGAUGUUGGGAGCAGCUGGUGUGAAGGCAAGAGUGGUGGAGCGAUGCAAGCUGAUGGUGAAGCUGGGGAAGCUGCUGUUGUCCCCGUCUUGGAAGUCCUCAGUACCCGUGGGGUCUUUAGAUCCCUCCCGAGCCUCCCGCCCUUCACAGCAGGCGCGUUUGAGUCGCACGCCAGCAGGCACACUUCCCGCCUUCCUGUGCCUCUCUUCCACCGUUUCCCCCCAUCUCGCUCCCUACCUCCCGAGCCUCCCGCCCUUCACAGCAGGUACGUUUGAGUCACACGUCAACAGGCACGCUUCCCGCAACCCCCAUUUCCCAUGGCCCAUCUCUCCCUCCCAUCAGCUACCUCCCGAGCCUCCCGCCCUUCACAGCAGGAUGCCACUCGAUCCGCCUCAGCAGCAGCAGCAGCAGCAGCAGCAGCAGCAGCAGCAGCAGCAGCAGCAGCAGCAGCAGCAGCAGCAGCAGCAGCAGCAGCAGCAGCAGCAGCAGCAGCAGCAACACCCACUACCCCGCCUAAUCUGUCGUCACAAUCAACUACUGCUGGCCUCGUACCUAUGCCUCCGCCUCUGUAGAUUCACCUUCCGCCUCCUUUCCUUCCGCCUCGUCUCCUCCCCUUAUCGCAACCCCGGCCUCCCUAUUCGACGCCAUAGCCGGGCCGCUUCGUGCGGGGUUGGAUGCGGUGCAGAGGGAGAUGCUGCAGUUUGCCGCCCAGUCGCAGCUAAGGCGGUCCACUUUGGACCGAUGCAACCUCGUUGUGCGCCUCAGGAAGCUGCCAUUCGGAUCGCUAGCAUGAGUUGUGAGAGGGAGGGGGAGGUGGGGAGGUCGGGGAAGGGGGGAGAGAGGGGGGGUAGAGAAUGGGAAGACAAGGGGGAGGAGACAGAGGAAUGA